AGCGCAUAGCCAGCGCACCACUUGCCGCGAUGUCCAGUUCUCCUAUCCUGGAUAACGAAGCCGCAAAUAGUGAGGAUCAUCAGACUGAAACGAUAGAGGAAGGCCUUGACCCGGUCUCAUUCACUUACCUGAAGGCUAACAUGUACCGAGAGCACCAGAACGUGUUGGAAAAGGUGAAAUUUCGGCAACAGCAGGGCGAUGAUUGGAGGUACCUAGAUUUGGGCUGUGGACCGGGUAACUUUCUUAAGGAAAUCUUGCUUCCCCGGCUGCGCCCGUGUAAGUGCGUCGUGGCUGUUGAUUCGUCGCGUCAGAUGCUGAGUUACGCGCAACAGCACCAUGAUGCGCAUGAGGUGUUUUUCGAACUUCUGGAUAUAGAACACGGAAAUCCCAACGAGAUUGUCGCAAAGUAUGGACAGUUCGACCGCGUGUACGCGUUCCUGAUAUUUCAUUUCGUAAAAGACCUCAACCAGGCUUACCGAAACGUAUACCAGCUGCUCAGACAGGGCGGAGAAUGUCUCGCCGUCAACUUCAUGAGGACAGGCAUUUCGGAUGUGUGGCAUCAGAUCUACGAGAAGGAGGCGUGGAAGGAGUACGUACCGAACCCAGUCGAAGUUCUGUCGAAGAGAUUCUGCUUCAACGAGGAAGUGCCACAUAAAGCAUUGGUCACUGAUGAGAUGAAUGCAGUUGCAGCUGCUGGACUGGACAUUGUUGAUUGUCAUACGUACACGAGCCAAUGGAUCUUUCCAACCGCCGACGCAUGGCUUGAAAGCUACAUAGGAUUCUUCAAGCUGGACCAGAGGGUACCAGAAGAACGCCGCCGAGAAUUCUGGGACGCACUAAAGAUUGCACUUCUUGAAGAAAUGAAGAAGUCAAGUGACGGAGUUAGCCUAAAAUAUGACAUCAUGGUCACGCACAUGCAAAGGCCUUAUUAAAGAAGCAGGGAGCGAAAACA